AUGUCAAGACAACUAGAUAACGACAACCCGACGAUCUUCGCGCCUACCGCGCCAGCGACGUCUGCUCGGAGAAAGACGGGGAAAGCGUUAUUAUGGGACGACCGGGCGGAUGAGUUUUUGGAUUAUGAUGAGGAAGAUAGGGAGGGGAUGGGGGAGGCGGAUGUAGGACGAGGGGAGAGGGAGGAGAUCGAUGCGGAAGAGGUGUUUGACCUGCUCAGGUCUAUCACUGACCCGGAACACCCGGUGUCUCUCGAACAACUACGAGUGGUCAACCCAGACGAUAUCUUCGUUUCGGGCAACCGAGUCUUGGUCUACUUGACACCGACCAUACCUCAUUGCUCAAUGAGUACGCUAAUAGGCCUCUCCCUCCGCGUUCGACUCAUGCGCGCCCUCCCACCCCGCUUCCGCGUCGACAUCCGGAUCAAAGAAGGGACACACCAGUCCGAGCAUGCGGUCAAUAAACAAUUGAAUGAUAAGGAGCGGGUGCAGGCCGCAUUGGAGAAUCAGCACUUGUUGCAGGUGGUAGAGGGGUGCUUGGCUACUGCUGGAAAGAGGGGGAGGGAGCCGGCGGCUUAG